AUGGUAGCUCAAUUCGAAUCGGCCGAGGCCCGCAACAAGCUCGAGGAUCUCUCUGGAAUCCAGCUCAGGUCAGGCGAGAACCCAUACAACGCACUUAUCAAGGCAUGCAACGACGACGCUGCUGAGAUCCAAACCCUCUACUCAGUGCAUAGGACCAAGCGAAAUGCUCAACAGGCGGAGAAGUUCUUGGCCAAUGGCUUUGAGGAGCUCAUUAUUGACCAGACCCUCCUCAGGCUCGAAGACCCGACGGUAGAGCCAGGUUUCCUUGAUAGUAGGAAUUGCUUGGUCUUCUGGGCUCGCCCCCCGGAUCAUAUCAUUCGACUGGCUUCCAAGGUGAAUGAUCUCCUGAAGAAGUCCGCACCAGGUGUCUGGCUUAUGCCUUCGCACAGGAUGCAUUUGACGGCUCUUGAGGUUGCCUUCUCCAAGACUCCUCAGGAAAUCGCUGCCUAUGUUUCUACCUUGAGGCAAUCUAUCCCUGCCAUCGUCAACUACCCAUACUCACACAGAUCUCGUCUCGUCAAGCCUAUGGUCUCCUAUGACUUGUCUGCCUUUGCCCUCUCAUUCCUACCUGCCUCAGGUGAAGCAUCGCUCUCGCCACCUCUUACAGAGCCUGUCGAAACAGAAGGCAUCACGCAGGGAGACAGCUACACUUACCACCACCUCCGUCGGGAUGUGUAUGAUAAGGUCCAGGAGGGCGGCGUGGUCGUUGGUUCCAGGUACCAAGUUCCCAGUGCACACAUCACGCUUGGGCGUUACUUGAACCACGAUGACCAUGACACGCCGGAGAAGAGGGCGAACUGGGUCAAAGCCAUUGACGAGAUCAACGCAUGGCUCGAGAAGGAGGUUUGGGAUAACCCUGACUCCGAGUACAACGGCGAAUGGCUUGUUGGUCAUGAGCGAGGACUUGAUGCGCGAAACGGUACGCUGUGGUACGGAGGCGGCAAGACCAUCAUGUUGGGAGAGGGAUUUUAA